CAAACUUGGAAGAAAAAAAAUAAUUGAAAAUAUUUUUGAAAACUUUAAUUAAUGAUUUUAAUCAAUUAUAUCGUAUUUUAAAGAGUUAAAAAGUGCAUAUUCAUAUUAUUAAACAUGACAGCCCACGAUCAGAUGCGUGCAAUGCUGGAUCAGCUCAUGGGAACUGGCAGAAAUGGUGAGGUUUCAAAUUCAAUUAAAUUCAGCGAUGCUCGAGUCUGCAAAUCAUUUCUAGUCGGUUGUUGUCCACACGACAUCCUCGCAACAACGCGAAUGGACUUGGGGGAGUGCUUAAAGGUCCAUGAUUUGGCGUUACGCGCUGAUUAUGAGAAGGCACAACUGAAGAAAGACUAUUUUUAUGAUGUUGAGGCAAUGGAGCACCUACAAGCAUUCAUAGCUGACUGCGAUAGACGUACUGAAGCUGCAAAGCGACGAUUAGCUGAGACACAAGAAGAAUUGUCAGCAGAAGUUCAAACGAAAGCAAAUGCCGUCCAUGAAUUAGCCGAGGAAAUAGGUAAAAAAUUGGCAAAAGCCGAGGCUUUAGGUGAAGCUGGUCAGGUUGAGGAAUCAAUGCAACUUAUGGGUGAAAUUGAAGAGUUGCGUGCUAAGAAAGCUCGUGCUGAGCAUGAAUAUCGCUCAAGUAUACCAGCAAGUAGCUAUCAACAGCAAAAGUUGCGCGUAUGUGAAGUCUGUUCUGCUUAUUUGGGAAUUCAUGACAAUGAUGUUCGUUUAGCUGAUCACUUUGGUGGUAAAUUACAUUUAGGUUUCUUGUCAAUUCGUGAGAAACUUGUUGAGUUGGAGAAAACAGCUGCACCACGUAAGAAAGAUAUUGACCGAUCCCGUAAUCGUUCAUCAUAUGAGUCAUCGUCUGAUCGUAGACGAUAUGUAGGAGCUCGCGAAUUGGAUGGGAGAUCGAGAGUUCAUCGAAGCAGGAGUCGUGAGCGCAAGUAUGAUUCAAAACGUGAAAAUAAUAAGUCCUCUUCAUCUCGUUAUGAUUCAAGACGAAAUUCUAGAUCACCUCACAAUAGUGCUCGUCGUAGUCGUUCGCCCAGAGGUCAUUCAUCUUCAUAUAAAAGACGUGAUAGAUCUCGUGAACGUGAUCGACGUUAAAAAAAGUUCUUUUUAAUUCAAGAAAAUAAUUUUUCUUUAAUUCUGUCAUGAAAAUUCUAAAACAAGGCGACUUUACUGUCAUAUCGUCAAACUGUCCCAAUUUUUUUUCUUAAAAAGUAAGACAACAAGUAAUAAUAAAAUUAAUAACAAGUGAAAUGAUUAAAGAUUAUCUGUAACUACUGCAAUCGUUAACAUAAUUGUAUAUGAUAAUUAAAUACAAAUUGUAUUCAUAACGGAAAAAGAUGAUGAGGAUUGAUAUAAAGUUAUAUAAAUUGAUACAUAACAUACAAAAAAAAA